GUCACGACUCGAUCACACAGUCCAGAGUCACAUGAACAUUUACUGCAAAUAUCUUGAUGGACCGCGUUCUGUCCUUCUGAAGAGAAAAUAGAUCUACAAGAACUGAUACCUCCUUUAUGCUAAGACGUUUAAAAAUCCAACAUGGACGAGGACGGGCUGCCGAUCGUAGGGUCUGGUGUUGACCUGACAAAGGUCCCUGCAAUUCAGCAGAGAAGAGUGGUUGCCUAUCUUAAUCAGUUUGUUGUGCACACAGUCCGGUUCCUCAAUCGUUUUUCCACAGUUUGUGAAGAGAAGCUUUCAAACAUAUCUCUUCGGAUUCAACAAAUAGAAACAACCCUGUGCAUCUUGGAAGCCAAGCUGUCGUCCAUUCCUGGGCUGGAGGACGUCACUAUAGACGGAUCCAGUCAGCAGCAGCCUUCUCAGUCUAAUGGACCCACUAGUGCUCCUCCAAGCCAGACAGACGGUCCAUCAGCUGUGACGCUGCCUCCUCCACAGGCCGUUCAGACAGCACCAGAGCCAACGAUACCAGAAACUAUUGAAGAGAGCGGGGCUGCAGAGAAUGUGAUGACAGUGGCCAAGGAUCCACGAUACGCUCGAUACUUGAAAAUGGUUCAAGUGGGUGUUCCAGUAAUGGCUAUCAGAAAUAAAAUGGUCCUGGAGGGUCUGGAUCCUACCUUACUAGACACUCCUGAUGCCCCCGUGCCUGACGGAGCACCCGUGGUCAAUGAGGAUCAGGACGUAGCUGCCACCAGCUCAGACAGCGAAUCAUCUUUCAGCGACUGAUGUCUCACAUCCGUCCCUUUCAUCUCAAGAGCUUCCUGUAAAGCCUGAUCUGUUUGUUUAUAGGCCUGUGCUCUGAAAAGUAGGUUACUGCGCCUGUAAAGACUGGGAGGGUGCAGAUGUAAGUGCCUGAAACAGAGGAAUCAAACCUGUGUGAUUGUUAUUUCAGUGAAAAAGAGCUGAAAUAAUCCAUGACCUCAUCCAUUUUUGAUACAUUUUUAACUCAUGAAUAUCCUUAAAGCAGAAUAUUAGCUGAAUGUUAGCAGUAGUCUUAAUAACAUGGCGCUAGCAUGCAUUUCUUGUACUGAAAGACAUCAAUUAAAGACAGUUGAAGAUGCUGUUGUUUUUCUGGUGCAAGGUCUUGAUAAAAGGACCAUACAACCAAGUUAUUAUUUUUUUUUUUUAAUAAAUAUUUUUUCUUCUUGUA